AUGGAGACAGGGGAAAUCAGUGAUAGGGAGAUUUGUGCCAGUUCCUUAUCUGGUGUUAAGAGACGAAGAGUAACUGUUGAUGACAAGUUGGAUCAUCAACCUUGCGUAAACGUUAAAUUUAAGUCCUUAACAAAAGAGAGUAAGAGGAAGCUGAACGAGUUAUUACAGGAGUGGUCAAAGUGA